GGAGAACCUGGACCUCCAGGGCCUCCAGGAGCAGACGGUUCCCCAGGGCCCGCUGGUCCUCCUGGUCCACAAGGCCUACCUGGAGAACAUGGAGAACCGGGCCAAAGG